AAGAUGAGCUAACUAUGGUUACUUCCACUUCAAUCGGCAUACCGGUGGGAUUCUUAGCUUGUAAACCAGUCGAGGACAAGGACGAAAGAAAAACCUACGAGAAGCGGAAGCAGAGAAGUGCAGCAAGAAUGAGCGGGAGCGCGUUUAACGCGUUCAAGGCUAGGGUUCCGGUGGCCUGGAGCCCUCGGCUGUUCAUAACCCUAGUACGCGGUCUCCCUGGUACUCGCAAGCUCCACCGGAGAACCCUCGCUGCCAUGCGUCUCCGCCGCUGCAACCGCACCGUCGUCCACCGCACUACCCCCUCACUCCUCGGAAUGCUCAACCAAGUGAAGAGGCUGGUGGUGGUGGAGACGGAGGAGAUGCACAAUACGAGGAAGCAGGAGGAGGUGGAGCGCACGGCUCUUCGUCCUCCCAUUGUCGUCAAGCACGCUCCUCCCACGACUUCAACAUCAUCUCUGGAGGAGUAGCAGAGCGCAUU